AUGUUUCGUAAGAAGAAAAAGAAGAGGCCAGAGAUCUCAACACCAAAGAACUUUGAGCACCGGGUGCACACCUCGUUUGACGCCAAGCGGUGCUGCUUUGUGGGCCUGCCGACCCAAUGGCACAGUCUGAUAGAGAACCUCCGUAGGCCCAAGCCUAUGGUGGACCCCUCCCGGAUCACCUCCGUGGAGCUCAAGCCAAGGAAGACCAUCGUGCGUGGGAGUAUGAUCGGUCAUGGAGACUACAUCUCAACCAUGAUCUCCGACAUGAGCAGGUUGUCGGUGACCAGCUCCAACUCCCUGAGGAAGAGCAGCCCUUCGGCCAGGAAAAGGGCCCAGUCCCUGGGCAGGCUGGGGGAGGUGAAGGAGGGGGACACCUACCAGUAUGAAGACCUGGGAGAAGAUGAGCUGGAGCAGCAGCAGUGGAGAGACAGGGCUCAUAACAUCCACAGUGAGAGUGGGACGAGUAUUACCCUACAGCCAAACGGCGUUCUCCCCAGGGCCAAGUCCACCAAUGAAGUGAGCAUCAGCUGUCUGGAGGGACUCCUGGCUCCAUCCCAGCCAAUGCAAGUGCCUAUUAAGGGGGCUUAUAUCAGCUGUGAGGUGGGUAGCCCCACAGAGACACUGAUGGUUAAGAGAGACUUCCAGGUACCCAGGGUUAUGCCACGAAAACAGAGGCCUAUCUCGUUCUUCUACAGCCCAGCCAUGGCUGUCCAGCAUACCGAACAUGGGGGUCGCCCCCCUCCGGAGUACAGCACCAACCUCUACAUCCACUCCCACAACAGCCCUGGUAGACCAUACUCCUCCUACGACCUGAAGGCAGAGUCGGCUCUGAGGCACCACCAGUCAGGCUUCCUACCAAGCACCACCAGUAGUCCCUUCAUGAGUGGCAUCAGACCCCACAGGACGGUACACUCUUCAGCCAGCUACACCCUGGGACUGUCUCCCAACAUGGGCCUGAGACCCAACGGCCCUGACCCCUUUCUGAGACACUCAGGCUGCCCUAAUGCUCCCUUCCCCAGGCAGGACAGCCCCUCCCAGCUCCGGCCCUCCCCCACCGGCUCCCUGGCCACCAGCCCCCUAGGCACAUGUUCCCCUGCCUUCAGACCCCCUCAGCACCCACAGAGGCCGCCACCAGACCCCCCCAAGGUAACCCAUAAACAGUUUAAGGCUGCCCUGAACAUGGUGGUGGACAAGGGAGACCCUCGGUCGUACCUGGAGAACUUUGUGAAGAUUGGAGAAGGGUCCACAGGGGUGGUGUGUAUUGCUCGGGAGAAACACAGCGGCAGGCAGGUGGCCGUGAAGAUGAUGGACCUACGGAGUCAACAACGUAGAGAGCUGCUUUUCAACGAGGUGGUGAUCAUGAGGGACUACCAGCACAGGAAUGUGGUGGAGAUGUUUAAAAGUGCCCUGGUGGAGGAGGAGCUCUGGGUCAUUAUGGAGUACCUUCAGGGUGGAGCACUAACCAACAUCGUGUCUGAGACCAGGCUGAGUGAGGAGCAGAUAGCCACAGUCUGUGAGGCUGUGCUGCAAGCCCUGGCCUACCUUCACUCCCAGGGGGUUAUCCACAGGGACAUCAAGAGUGACUCCAUACUGCUAACACUGGAUGGGAGGAUCAAGCUGUCCGACUUUGGGUUCUGUGCUCAGAUCAGUAAAGACAUCCCCAAAAGGAAGUCUUUAGUGGGGACACCCUACUGGAUGGCUCCGGAGGUCAUCUCUAAAUCACCAUACAGCACUGAGGUAGAUGUGUGGUCUCUGGGUAUCAUGGUAGUUGAGAUGGUGGAUGGAGAGCCCCCUUACUUCAGUGAGACCCCUGUUGCAGCCAUGAGAAGACUGAGGGAUGAGCCAGCUCCCACUGUACGGAACGCAACACAGGUCUCCCCGGUGUUGAAGAACUUCCUGGACCGUAUGUUGAUCCGAGACCCAGUGGAGCGUGCCAGCGCCACAGACCUGCUAGAACACCCCUUCCUCCUACAGAGCGGCUCCCCGCAGUGCCUGGUGCCCCUGGUGGAACAGUACCGCAAGCGCAUGUCCCGCUGCUGA